AUGUCGCUUGCUCGAGUGCCUCGUUGUGCGGCGACGGGAGCGGGAACGGUGCCGCGGGCAGCACCACAAGAUCUCGAUCCGCUCCAUUCUUCGAGGCUGGAAAACCAUGAGGAUGCAAGCGCGGCUUUCCCGAAGUCCGCCGGGCGCAUCCCCAAGUCACUUAGCCAAGGAGGUAUCCAGCCACAGGGCUAUGGUGCUCUUCCGCAUUCACCUCGCGCUGGGCUAGACGUGGCUGCUGGGGGGAUGCUUGUGGAAAGCUCGGACGGCAUCGUGUCAUCUGCACAGGAUGAGGACCUCUUGGCAGAGAUCCGCUCCCUCGAGCAACGCUUGCGGGAAGAGAUCACAUGGGCUCAAGAGCAUGGUGUCCAGCUGGCAGGGCCUGACCCGGAGUCAACUGGAUUGAUGCAGAAUGCGAGCUCGACUGCACACGCUGCAUCUACUUCGGUGGGUGCGGACACGGUCCUGGCUCCUGGCGUGGCGGAACUCAAGGUGCAGGCACCUGCACGAGGGCCACCAGCCUCGGAGUUUGCGCACCUCACCAGAAGCGAGUACAUCAAGCUCAAAGCACAGCGCCGGCAUGCAGCUCUGACUAUCCAGAUGCAAAUAAAGGUGUACCUGGUUCGCCAGUACAUGUGCUGGAGCUCGCGUGUGCCAUCCAUCAAGCGAAUCCAAGCUUAUUGCUGGAGAUAUUUGGCACAGGUACAGAUGCUGGAGCACAGGAGAAACGCACAGCUAAAGUUCGCCUUGCUCAUGGUCCGGCUUCAGGCCAGAAUCCGUCUGCGGUUGGCCAGGAAGAAAGCUGAGAAGCUGAAGCAACAGGAGGAGGAGGCGAAGCUCUGGCACGCAGCUCUUCAGAAGCUCCAAAGUGAAGCUUCGGUGAAGAUCGCUGCUAAGUGCCGGAGCUUCAUAGCUGGAACCCAGCUAUGCUCGAGUCUGAAGCCCUCUUCGGUGGGGGAGAUCCAGAGAUCGUGCCGCGUGCACGGGGCGAGAGUUUACCUGCUAGAUACAAGGAGACGCUUCCACGCAGCUCAAGAGAUACAGCGGAUGUGCCGGGUGCACUGGAGUCGGCUACAGGUGCGUGAUUCCUUGGCGGUGGCUCGUGAGCAGGAGCGCAUGCGCCUCCGUGCGAUAAUGCGGUUGCAGACCCUUCUGAAAGGCAUGAGGGCGCGGCAGGAGCUCCAUCACUUGCGUGUGCUGAACGACGAGGCCGAGCGCAAGCGCCGGCGCCUAGAGGAGGAACGAGUAGAGGAGCCGGAGCUUCCCCCUGUACUCGAUCCGCAGCCCCUGCAGCUCGGCAUCAGUCCCUUACUCGCGUCCACCGAAAGGCCCUUUGGUAUGAUUGUAUAUGAACACGGAACAUGGGGGAUUCAGGUCCUUUUGCGGCUGAGAGGAUCUGUUAUCCCGAAGGCCUUGGUCUGGGCAGUCCCCUGUGCCGCAGCGACAGUCCUCCUUCACUUGUAUUGGAAUCGGGAGAAGGCGGAGGACAACCGUGAGAUGGAAGGGAUCCACACCAUCUGGUCAGCAUUCACCUUUGUUCUGGGCUUUCUGAUCGUCUUUCGCAGCAACCAGGCAUACUCACGUUUCUGGGAGAGUGUCACUUUGUUCCAUCAAAUCUCUGGGGAGUGGACAAGUGCCUUCAGCAACAUCCUCUCAUUCUGCAGCCCCGAUCCGCAGAAGCAGGAGCAGGUAGACGAGUUCAGGCAGUAUCUUACCAGAUUGAUGAGCCUCUUGCACUGCAGCGCGCUGCAAACGACAUGCGAACUUGACGACGACAGCCUAGAAGUGCUGGAUCUUGGUGCUGUCAGCAGCACAGGGCUUCUGCACUUUAGAGACAGCCCUGACCGCUGCGAGACCGUUAUGCUAUGGCUCCAGCGCUUGAUCAUGGACGCAGAGCGAUCGAAACUCCUCGAAGCACCACCGCCGAUUCUCUCCCGAGCAUUCCAAGAGCUGUCCCGAGGGAUGGUUAGCAUGACCAACCUGAGAAAGAUUCGUGAUGUUCCCUUCCCGUUCCCAUACUCUCAGUUUCUAUCUUGCAUUCUCCUAGCCCAUUGGAUACUUACUCCACUGGUCGCAAGCCAGACAGUGAUGAAACCAUGGUGGGCCGGCAUCAUCGUCUUUGUAGUAGUGACAUCGUAUUGGACUUUGUUCUACAUUGCUCAAGAAAUUGAUCAGCCUUUCGGCGAAGAUGCGAACGAUUUGCCUGUCAGGGAAAUGCAGCGCAAAUUCAAUGCCAAAUUAGAAUUUUUCAUUCGGCCUGAUUCAUACACGGUACCCUCCUUGAAUUUGGACGCAAGCCAACACAUCUGCUUGCUGGCAUCAACCUUUAGCGUAGCGCUGAGCAGGGGCGCCGCCGAAGCCGCCUCAGCCUCAGAGCAUUUCAUGCCAAUCACUGACACUGGUGCCUGCGGUGAGAGCAGAUGGUUGCAGCCAGAUAUUGGCAACAGUUUGGGGGGGCCUAUGGAUGAGUCUAUUGCUGCGCCGGCGUCUUUGAUGCACGAUUCUCUAGGGCCUACAGAGGUCCCUGAGCCGAGAUCGAUGGAGAAGGUGGAACGCUUUGAGACUGAGACACUGCGGUCAAUAAAGGUUGACGAGGAAGGUGGCAAUGGUGGCACGCAGCUUCUUGAUUGGGCUUCGCUUGAGCAGUUGGUGUCCCUGCUACUCCUGAACCCGGACCAGGUCUCGCUGCAAAGUCUGAAAGAUUGCGACGGCUUGUUUGCAAGCAUGGGCACAGCAAAGCCCGUCACGACGGAUGCGUUGAAGGAUGCGUCCAAGAGGUUAGAUGACGCACUAACUUCCUUGCGUGCUGCCCACUCCGAACAGAAGAGAUGGGGCCUCGACAUCGACCAGUUGACCAAAUUGCAACGAGCCCUUUCUCAAUUGGACAGGAUUCGGGCACUCUGA